AUGGGUUGUUCUUCUUAUCGGGAGCGUGGAUCAGAGGAUCGUCUAGUGUGUCUAUGCAAGCUUGGAGGCCUGGCUGACGCUGGAAGGGCGAUAGCCUUGCCAGCUGAAGAACAGCGAAGACAUGAAGAAAUGAGAGGAUCUAUAGACCCAAACCUCUGCCCUAACUAUGUUGUCCGGGACUUACACAAAUCCUCAUCUCCAUUACUUGUUUUGUGUACCGCUUGCCCUCCUCUACGAAUCUUAAGCCUUAGCAAAGCCACGCGUUUUUCCUCCAGCCACGCGUAUUUGUAG